GGCUGUCAAGUUGUCAACUGUCAACAAAAAGUAAAAAAGUCAACAAAAAAGUUGUGAAAUAUUUUCUAAAAUUAGAGAAGAGAAUUAAAAUAAAAUGUUGGAAGAAGUAAAACGUGUAAUACUAGUUCUCUCAGGAAAAGGAGGAGUUGGCAAAUCAACUGUGAGCACCCAGUUGGCUUUAACACUUAAGGAACAUGGUUUUAAGGUUGGUUUGCUGGACAUUGAUUUGUGUGGGCCCAGUGUUCCUUACCUCCUGAAUUUGGAAAACCAAAGUGUCCAUCAAGGCCCUGAAGGUUGGAUCCCUGUGUACUUAGACAGCGACCAGAAGCUAGGGGUGAUGUCUAUAGGCUUCCUCCUCAGUUCCCGUAAUGAUGCUGUUGUUUGGAGAGGCCCUAAGAAGACUUCUAUGAUCAAGCAGUUUUUAGAAGAUGUCUGCUGGCAGGAACUCGAUUUCUUAGUUAUUGACACACCUCCAGGAACCUCAGAUGAGCAUAUAACAGUGAUGGAGAAUCUCCGCCAAGUGCCCCAGUGCUCAGCUAUAAUUGUUACAACUCCUCAAGAAGUGGCAAUUGAAGAUGUCAGGAAAGAAAUCACCUUUUGUAGGAAAACUGGAAUACCUAUCAUGGGCAUUGUUGAGAACAUGAGUGGAUAUGAAUGCCCAGUCUGCAGUGAAUGUACAAACAUAUUCUCAAGUGGAGGUGGAAAGUCAUUGGCUGAAAUUGCCAAGAUCCCAUUCCUUGGCAGCCUGCCCAUAGACCCCAGAGUGGGCAAGCUGGCAGGCCAAGGUGUUGCCGCAGUGAAGGAAAUCCCAAAUUCUAACACAAGCAAGGUUUUCAGUGAACUUGUGAAGCAUCUUACAGACUCAUCUGUAAAUGGUAAAUGAUAUGUUGAGUUAACAUAGAAAGUGUUUGAAAGAACAAGAACAUUAAGACAUUGCAAUAAUUGUGUAUAAAAUUAUGGGGAAAAGCUAGUUUAUAAGAGAAAGUACUAUUUUAUAUCAAGUGAUAUUAUUUUUCAUUAGUGUAUAAAGUAAAAUAGUAUUGGCAAAGCCAUGGUGAGGGUGUUUUCUGUUUUAAAGAUAUGAAGUUCAAAAAAUUAUUUGUUGUCCUUUUAGUAUAAUACCACUACCAUCAUGUUGCAUUGCUAUAAAUCCAUUCCUUUUAUUUCUUUGAUAUUGUAUAUGAUAUUGACCAAAAUAUGUAACAAUACAAGUGAGUUGUAGACAAAUAAAAUACAGAUUUACAUUUAA